AUGGAUCGACACUCAUCUGAUACUGGCGCCAAACUACUAGUCGCAGAGGUGAACGACUUGGAGCAUGAUACACUCUGCAGCCGCUGUGAGAAGUCCAUCACGGGGGAAACCUCUUUGGGUUCCUGGUAUCUGAAGCUGCUCUUGGUCUUUCUCCUAUGCCAGGUCCCCAUCCUGGGGCUGAGCUUCCUUGCAUUCCAUGCCUUCCAGAGAAAUACAAAUGCCACGAUCCAAGGCAUCGACCAGCAGGACUACUUUACUCUCGAGAGCUACAACUCCACCGAGAAGCUCUACGACAUUGUAGAUGCUGCUGAUAGAUCACCGGAAGCAGACGCAUUCUGGCAUGAACUUCAGAAGACCGACGGCAUAGUCGCGGUCCGUAGCGAAUGGGCGAAGGAAAAGGCUCUGCCUGACACAGUCUCUCACCCUGAUGACCCGGCUUCCAAGAUCUAUCAAAUCAACGUCUUUCACGCACUGCACUGCCUGUACCGCAUCAGGAACAGACUCACAUCGAACAUACCACUCGAGAAGUGGCCGCGCAACGAUAUCCACACCAUGCACUGCGUAGACCACAUCCGGAACGACUUGAUGUGCCACGCCGACAUCUCGCUCUCGGGAUCAGACGAGUACGUCUCUUUCAACUCGCAUGGCUACAAUCAGAAGUGCAGAGACUUGGGUGCUCUGCAAAGGUGGGCGAAACGACACAGCUGGGCCGGGUAUAAGGAUUACCUGGAAGGCGUUGUUGGAUAUGAUUUCAAUGACGCGGAGCGGGUGAAUAUGGCUACGGCUGGGAAAGGGCACUGGAAUAAGGCACAGAGCACGCUAGAUAAGGAUACUGGGAAGAUUGAGCUUUGGUUUGAAGAGGACUGA